AUGGAGAACAAGAACCAGGUGGGUGGUGGUGGUUCAAGCCAUGCCUCUUCUUCUUCUUCCAGGACUCUGGAUCAUCUCUUUGGCCCCAAGGACUCUUCUUCAUCUUCUUCAUCCUCCUUGUUUGGCUCUAUUUUCCCACCACCACCAUCAGCGGGACUUGGGAGCAGUGGCAAGUACGGAAAUCCAAGCGCUUUGGAUAAUCAGAGCCAAGGGUUUUACAGUAGCAAAGGCGAAAGCACGAAAGGCCAAAACACGAAAGGCGCAAGCAAAGAUUCCAUGAUAUAUCAAAAUGAAGCUGUGGAGCCAUGCAACUUCAGCUCCUCAAUCUACUAUGGUGGCCAAGAAAAUUAUAGUCCAAGAACUGGGACGACCACUGAAUCCCACCAGCACCACCUGUGUGCAAAAGUGAACUCUGCUGAUAUUAAUUGUGUAAUUCUUCAGUCUAAGAAAGAUGGGGGUGAUGAUGAUGCAAAUGGGAAUAAUUCAAACUGUGCUUCAAGGGGAAACUGGUGGAAGGGUUCACUUUAUUACUAA